AUGAAAAAGUCUCCCGUGGCAGCUAUGAGCAACAUCCGCGAGGCAGUGCGACGCAAGAGCGUGGGUCUGAGCUUCACUACCAACUUUAGCAUCUUCAGCCGCAGCACCGGCUCGGUAGGCGAGGACGACCGCUCGGAGCACGAGGGUGAUGACGAUGACUCGGAGAGCAGUCGCUACAACCGCGCGCGACAGGACUCGGUGGCCGGGGAGGACGACCCAGAUAGCAGUCCAUCACCCGCAGUCAGUUCUCGAAGCUCGUAUGUGGAGCCUCCAGAGCCGCCACUACCGCCUCCGGGUGGUCUACUGGAAGCUGCCACAAAGAACGUACAGGGAAAAAUGCAGACACUAAUGGAGACCUUCCAUGAGGUCACUACGUCUCAUGACGACGAAACGAUCCAGUGCAGCGUCUUCCUGUCCAGAACGGCCUUGUUCUCCGACCGACUCGUGGUGUUUAUCGGCGACAGCGAUGGGUCUCCAGCAGGCAUUUGGAGUGCACGGCUUUGUGUUCGGUCAGGGUCUGAAGGUGGCGGCAUCUUCAAAGGCAGCUUGGGAUCCAUGCUGCCAUAUAUAAUGAAGGCCAAAGAAGAUAAACUGGGUAUCGUCGUGUUCGACGACAUCUUCAAGGACUCCAUGCGGUCCGGAGAAAUUGAUAUGAGGAGUGCAGUGCAACGGUUUAUGACGGGCUGGCGUAACCACGUGUUAACUUCCAGAGCUACGCACGUGUUUAUCGUGGCGUAUCGGGACGGUGGCAGUCUAUUGGUGGAAGCUUUGCGGUCGAACAUGAAGGAGAUGCAGCGUCACAUUAGUGGAGUCGUCUUCUUGCAGUCUACACACCACAUUUCGUCAGAUGACUCGUAUACAUUACGGAAGAUGAUUGCGCAGUGGUGUCUGGCCUACCUGUCAUCACCGGAGGGCUUAAAAGCGUUAAAGCGCAUGAAGUCACGAGAAAUGCCAUUGGGCUGUGUGGUACUGUCAGCGGGUCGCGCGAAUUCGGACGUGGACUUGCUCCAGACUGUCGUGUCCUCAGUAUACGCAAGCUUUAAGGCGAGAUGGUCAGGUUUCCGCGUGAAAAACGUAAAUAGCGGUAUGGAAAAGGCCUGUUACUUGUGCAAGGGCCCAUUCAACAUGCGUCGUUGGCGCCGGCAUUGUCGUACCUGUCAGAAUCCAUGCUGCGAGAAGUGUUCGACGGUAGAAAACACACGUCACGAAGGCCAAGUGCGUCUCUGUUUAACGUGUCGCGCGCUGCCUUCACUGAUCCAUUGGUCGAGACCACGUGCUGUCCGUACGGGUGAGAAGGAGAGUGUUUUCAGUGGAUCAGCCAAGCCCGGCAAGAUGUCUGUGAACGACUUUGAGCUUGUUACGGUCAUCGGUCGUGGUGCCUGUGGUAAGGUGCUAUUGGUGCUGAAGAAGGACGGCGCAGACGCUGGCCACUUGUACGCUAUGAAGGUUCUGAAGAAGGAGUGGGUGAUGAACAAGGACCUGGUCACGCAGACGAUGGCAGAGCGCCGUAUCCUACAAGAGGCUGACCACCCGUACAUCGUCCAGCUGAAGUACGCCUUCCAGAACCAGGACAAACUAUACAUGGUCAUGGAGUACUACAGCGGUGGCUCUCUUCGUCAGGUGCUGCGACGUCGUGGUCGCUUCAGUAUCAAGCGCGCUCGGUUUUAUCUGGCCGAAAUCCUUCUCGCUAUCGCGCAUCUGCACGCAUCGAACAUUCUGUACCGCGAUUUGAAGCUGGAGAACAUUGUCAUUACUGCGGACGGCAAUGUGGCGUGUACGGACUUUGGUCUGUCGAAGGAGGAGAUGGAUGACAAUGAAAGGACGAGUUCGUUUGUGGGCACGUGCGAGUACUUGGCGCCCGAGUUGAUUAUGAAGGAAGGCUACGGCAAGGCUGUGGACUGGUGGGCGCUGGGUAUUUUGGCGUACGAGAUGAUUCAGGGCGACUCGCCGUUUCGUCACAAUGUGCCAACUAUUCUGUUUGACAAGAUUUUGAAGGAGGAGCCGGAGUUCAGUGAUCGUUUUACUCCGGAAGCUCAGGAUCUGAUUAUGAAGCUGCUGACGAAAGACCCGGAGAACCGUCUUGGCUGUGGACCUGACGGCGUUGAGGAGAUCAAACAGCAUCCGUUUUUUGCAGAAAUUGACUGGGAUAAACUACUGCAGAUGGAGAUGGAAGUCCCACGUCCUCCGCAUCGCAUGGAGGACGUGACUGAUGAGAGUCACCUAUCUCGCGCUAUUGCUAAGAUGCGUGAGGCACGUGAAGAGAUCAUGCCGGACUCGCCCGUGUCGCUGCCGUCGUCUCCGUCUGAACAGAAGCACUUUGACCGCUUCUCGUACCAAGGACUGGGAGACUGGAAACCAGAGAUGGCUGACAUGGAUUUUGAUGAAGAGACGGGCAACUUCAAGCAAGGAACCAUCCAUGAAGACGAAGAGUUCGUUGAGGAGGACUACAUUGAGGAGUCUGGCGAUGGGGACGGCGUGCCGUUGUCUCCUGGCUCGAAGCAGAACUCGAUGACGUCUUCGAAGACGUCUCCGUCCAAGGCUAAUGGAUCAGAUACUCCUCCAGCUUCGAGCUCGGCUGCUUCGGCAUCUCCGAGGAGUCCACAGAGCGUGGGUAGUCCUGGCAGUCCUCCACCUGUGCCUGUGAGCCCCGGUAGUCCGGAAGGUUCCGCGCCGUGUACGCCGACAGAGCCACAGUCCCAGACUAUUUAG